AGGCCAAAUGAGUGGGGCCCUAUAAAGAGCAACAGAACACAAGCCAGGCUUUAUCCUGCUUGACUGUCCCGCUCACUUAGACCUCACAGGAAACUCCCGACUCCACCAGCCCUCCAGCACACUCCCUCAUUAUCACUCACCCCACUUUUUUCUACUUUCACACAGUCCCGCCAACUGCGCUGAGUCUGACCAGAGAGGAUGGCUGCGUCCAUGUGGAGAAUGAAUGGGCUCUGGAGAAGGAUGGCUGGACUUCUUCUGCUCUGUGCUCUGUUGCUCAGCAAUGAGGUGAUGUGUCAGAAUGAAACCACAUCUACUACUUCAUCCCUCAAUACAGUGGUAAGCUCUACAGCUCCAGGUUCUCCAGCUUCAGGUGCUCCAACUCAAACUCUAAAGCCUGCACAUCCAGCCCAAGAUGUAAGUAAUUCUCCCGCUUCUGGACAAUCUGCUAAGACCAAUGCAGACACUGCAGAUCCAUUUCAAGCAACCAUUAAAAACAAUGUACUCAGCGCCGCAGUGACAACUGAUGUCGUCCCCCACACUGUGGUGCCUGAAGUGGUGUGCGUUGGAAAAGAGGACGUUCCAGAAAGUAAUGCUGUCAAGGUUGAGUUGGCAACAGAUGAUUGUGAAACAUCUAAACGCAUUAUAAGGGACAACCCUGCAGGCUGGUGCUCCAAGGAAAAGUGCAAUCUGAAAAUCUUCCAAGACAGCAACACUAUGCUUGUGGCCAGUGAAGAUGCUACGUUGGCGUCUUUGGCUAGAGCACUUGAGGGUGAACAUUUGAAAGAAAAGCUGGGUGUGACAAAGACUGAGACCCCAUCAAGUUCCUCUGUCUUCUGGGGCAUCCUGGUCACUGGUCUGUUUGCCGCCCUUGCAAUUAUUGUAGGUUACCUCAAAUGCCAACGCAGGUCCGACACCAAGGGAGUGAGACUGGCGGAGGAGGCCUAUCCAGCAGAUCAGGAAAACCAGGGGAACACUCUUGUAUCUGUGGCCCCCCUCAACCCCCCUCCAGAAAGUCCGGAGAAACCCAGCGUAAACGGAGAGUCCCCGGAGGAGGCCAAGACCCAGCCUCCUCCUCCCACCAACGGCCACUCCACCACCAAGACAGCCGACACCGAGCUGUAAAAUAGUCCACAAAUAUUGGCAGCCCAGGAACUACCCCC